CACGUAUUCUUGAUGUUUUUUAUAUCGCGUAUUUUUAUAUUGUUUAAAUGUCGACCCGUCGUGGGCAUACGUUUCGCGUUUUAAAAUUUCAAAUCCGCGUAUUUUUUUUUGUUUCAAUUUUUGUUUGUUUUAGUUUUUUGAUUUUCGUUUGUUUUAGUUUUUAGUUUUCUAAUUAAUUUUGCUUGUUUUAGUUUUUUUGAUGUUUUUUCGUUUUCGUGUUUUUGUAUUAGUUUUUUGAUUUUUGUUUUUUCGUUUGUUUUACUUUUUAAAUUCAUUUUGUUCUUUUUAGUUUUAGUUUUUAACUUAAUUUUGUUGUUUUUGUUUCUAAUUUUUAAUCCAUUGUUUUUUUUAUUUUACAGAUGCAGGCCACCAGGAGGGAGCGCGCCUACCUGCGGGAGGCCAACGAGUGGCUGCGGUGGGAGGAUGCGGAGGGUGAAAUCCUGGAUGGCGAGAACAUUUUCGCCAUCCAGGAUCUCCAUAACCGGGCCGCCAAAUGGUUGGCGGAUGCCGAGGACGAAGCCUACCUGCGUGGAGCUCGCUGGGAGGGAGGUGUCGGACCGGACACCCCAAGAGCCCACUGGAUCCGCGCUCUGAGGCGCGAGGCGCGGGAGCUGGAGGCCGAGGGUGAGCAGGUGCUCGUCCUGUACGACGUGGAGGAUACCUGGGCCCUCAGGAUCCUCUUCGGGGAGGAGCCCGCCCAGCCCGACCUGACGGAGGAGGACUGGUCCCUGGAGCAGUGGGACUGAGA